AGCCGAGAUCUGAGCAGACCCUCGCCCCUGCUGGCUGGACAUGGAGGAUGUGGGGGAAGAUGUCAAGUUUAUUGCGGAUGAGACCUUGGACUUUGGAGGGCUCUCACCGUCUGACAGUCGUGAGGAGGAGGAUGUGGCAGUGUGGGCGACUCCGGAGAAACCACCCAGACGAGGUCUUUCACACCGAAGUGACCUGAAUGCGGUGGCCCCUGCUCCCCAGGGAAUAAGGCUCAGCCUCGGCCCCCUGAGCCCAGAAAAGCUGGAGGAAAUCCUCCACGAGGCCAACAGGCUGGCAGCACAACUGGAGCAGUGUGCCCUGCAGGAGCGGGAGGGCACUGCUUCAGGACUGGGCUCCCACCGGGCCAAGGCCAGCCCUCGGCGGGAGACCUUCGUGCUAAAGGAUAGUCCCGUCCGAGACCUACUGCCCACUGUGAACUCCCUGGCUUGGAGCACGCCCUCUCCUAGCGGCCUGACACCGCGACAUCGCAGUGGCGAGAAGAAGGGCUUAGCCAAAACUCUCCGGGCAGCAUCAGGAAAGAGGCCAGCCAGUCUCAAGAAGGAAUCACCUACUUGCAAUCUGUUCCCGGCAUCAAAGAGCCCAGCGUCUUCUCCUCUUGCCCGAUCAACUCCUCCAGUCCGGGUGAAGACUGGGCCCAGUGUGAGAGCAACACCAAGCCCACCUGCCCCUGUCAGGCCAGGCCUGGCCCCACAGCCUUCUACCACCAACUCUCAGCGCCUGCCCCGGCCACAAGGAGCAGCUGCUAAAUCUUCCAGUCGACUGCCCGUUCCCUCGGCCAUUCCCAGACCUGCCAGCCGCAUGCCACUUGCUAGCCGGGGUGGGCCACCUGGCAAAGGUGCCCUGCCUCCUGAUUCUGUGUCAACUCGGAAAGGGCUUCCCAGACCCAGUGCUGUGGGACACAGAGGUGAGGAAAAGGGGACACGAGGUUCCUGUUUCCCAGCGACCACAUCCACCUGUCACCAGUGCCACUCGUAACAGUCUGCAGCCCUCCAGGAAAGCCGCUGUCCCAGGACCCACAAGGUAAGAGGUUAGGACAACGAGCAAGAAUUCAGUAGCAGAACACUACAGUCCCUGCCAGAGCUCGCCUUGCCUCAGCAGAUUCUAGCCCACGGCCAGUCCCCCAGGAAUAGAGACCCGAGAGGAUGAGGUGGAUUAGCUGGUUGAGCUGCAAAGAGACUCAACCUCUCUGGGUUGAAGGAUUAGUGGAAAAGAGGUCACGUCCCAACAGUGACAUCAGCACACAGCCGCUGAGCCUCACAGGCAGGCGGUCGUCCACUUCCACCCUCACUGGACGUGGGCGUCGGAGUGGAUGCGAGAAUGCCUCUUUCUCACUCACUGUGACGUUCUCUGAAGAGAGCAGUCUUCAUGCCUCACGCCCCCUGUUGGGCUCAGCUGGAGACAUGCACCUGCAUGGUCUCUACCGCUUGUUGCCUGUGAAUUCUCUGAGUUCUCACAGGCCAGAACUCUACUAGUCUUCAU